GUCAUCUGUCAACAACGCAUUGAAAACGAAAUAAUCUUGCUUGUUUUGGUUGUAUACUUAACGUUUAAAAUCUACUAUAAAACAAGUUUAAGACUAGGUUUGUUUGCCAAUAAAAUAAUGCCGAAAGUUCGUCGCAGUCGUAAGUCACCUCCUGAGGGAUGGGAAUUGAUUGAACCUACACUUGAGGAACUCGAACAAAAAAUGCGAGAAGCGGAGACAGAACCUCACGAGGGAAAGAGAAAGCAGGAAUCACUGUGGCCGAUAUUCAAAAUACAUCAUCAAAAGUCUAGAUACAUUUACGACUUAUUUUAUAGACGUAAAGCUAUCAGUAGAGAGCUGUAUCAGUUCUGUUUGGAUGAAAAAAUAGCCGAUGCUAAUUUGAUUGCUAAAUGGAAGAAAACUGGAUAUGAGAACUUGUGCUGUUUAAGAUGUAUACAAACAAGAGACACUAAUUUUGCAACCAAUUGUAUCUGCAGAGUUCCUAAAAGCAAGCUGGAAGAAGGAAGAAUUGUAGAAUGUGUUCAUUGUGGUUGUCGUGGUUGCUCUGGAUAACCUUUAUUAGUAUAAUGAUUAUUGUAAGUUUUUUAUAAGCUAUGUUCAUUAAAAUAUUUUUUACCUACUUUAUUCCAAUCCAAAACCUUUAAUGUACACAUUACUUGUAAACCAAUUUAUAUAACUAUGUAAUGUUAGGCACUGUUUUUUCUUACAAUUUUCACAAGAAGUAUAUAUGAGGAUGUCACUCAUGUAAUCUUUCUAUAUACUUCAUUUUGGUGUUCCAUCAAAAUGUGGUAUAAGCGGUAUGGGUGUCCUCCAGAAGAGCUAGCCCAUAGCCUAGAUUAUUGGCUGAUAAAACCCAAGAACAGUGGUAAUAAAUAGUUAGUUUUCAACAA